AUUACAUGAUAAAAACCUAACCACCAUGACAAGAGCUUGAGCCUUUCCAGAGCAUUCAGAUCUAAAUAUGUUGAGGUCCUAGCUUUUCAGGAGUAAUUGUAAGCCAACCUAGAAGCAGAGGGACUAUCAUAAAGAGCAGCUUUUGCAGUAUAAUAGAAACAGAAAGAUCGACAUUGUGAGGUAGGAGACAUCAAUGAUUUUAUCCUAUAUUUUACAUCUACGCCUUCUAUAGCUAGCUAACCUGUACCGUAGAAUUUUCAUGAGCAGGGCAUGUACCAUCAUCUGGACCACAACAAUAGCAAACUCAUUUCUUCUAGGAAAUCCUUUCCUUUAGAAAGGAAUUUGUUUCUGCAAACAGGAAAUGGUCCAGGAGACGCGGGACUGACUCUCUCAACUGAUGUCAAGCCUAGGCUAAAAUGGACUCCCGAGCUCCAUGAACGAUUUGUAGAGGCAGUGAAUCAGCUUGGUGGACCUGAAACGGCUACACCAAAAACAGUUUUGAGGCUUAUGGGAAUCCCAGGACUAACUUUGUAUCACCUUAAAAGCCACCUUCAGAAGUACAGACUCAGUAAGAACCUACAAGCUCAAACAAAUGGCGGGACUGAAAAUUAUGUGGAAAUUCCGACAUCAGCAUUGAACAGAACAUCAUCAGAAGGUAGUGGAUCCUUUGUUCAUAACAUCAAUGUUGGCCCCUUUAGCAAAAAAACGAUGCAGAUAAAUCAAGCACUGCAGAAGCAAAUGGAGGUGCAACGGAGGAUAGACGAUCAAUUUGAGAUGCAAAGGCACUUACAAAGACAGAUAGAGGCUCAGGGUAGGUACUUGCAAUCAGUGCUGGAAAAGGCUCAAGAGACACUUGGGAAGGAGAAUUUGGGUUCAGCAGGCCUUGAAACUGCCAGAAUUCAACCAAAGAUUUUGAAUGAAUGUUUCACCAGUGCAUUCCCAGGUUUGGAAGAAACUGAUGGUUCACAUAAUCUGCAAGGAAAUGCGGCCCAGAUUACUUAUUGCUCAAUGGAAAGUUGCUUAACCACAUCCGAAAGAUCUAAAAAGGACCAACAAAUGCAUAAUACAAAUAUGGUAAUGGGAGCUUAUCACGGCAAUUUAUCAUUAGGAGCACAAGAAAUGCAAGAAGGUGCUCGGCUGGCGCAGAUUCAAUCUGGAUUGUGUGCUGAUCUUACUAGCCACAGAUUAUUUUCUCAAUCAAGGGAGAAUGACUCAACACAUUGCACUUUGCCAGUCUCGAGAAGCUCUAGUAUCUUAUCAAUGAGCAAAAAAAAUAAAAAAGACACAACAGAGGGAAGUAAUAUUUCUGAGGCGCAUCGCAGGCAAAGAGAUGAACAUAAUUCUUACCUUGAGCAAGCAGGUUAUAAAGGAAAUGAGAUUCAGCAAAUAAGUUUAAGGAACUCAACUUUGUUUGAGCUGCCAUCUGCAACAACACAAUUGGAUUUAAAUACCUGCGACAAAUACAGUGCUUCUAAAAAUUCCAAUAAGUUUGAUCUAAAUGACUUCAGCUGAAGCUAAUGAAAAGCGCGUCAACUCAUUGUAU